AUGGAGACGAGCCCUGGCGGUGCUCCGGGAUGGCUAUUUACUAUAAAGACCACCGAAUGGUUCGCCGGCGCCGGAGGAGGAGGAGGAGAGCGAGAAGGAGAAGGAGGUGGCUGGCUGCCAUCAGGUGGCGAAGAACCUGCUUGGUCAACGUUACCAUUCCAUCCUGGCGGCGGCGGUGGAGAUGAGCGAGGCGGAGGGCUCCGAGAGGAGGAUGAAGACGGAGAAGGCUCUGAGUCUUCCGACUGCUCCGGAGGCGAUGACCGUUUCGGCGGCGGCGAAGAGUCGGUAUCUUCGCCGUCCCCGGAAGACUCGUCGGUCGGCGGCGGAGGUGAAGAGUCGGAUUUUCCACCAUUCCUGGAACUGGAAGGUCGGGAGGGCGACGAAGACGGCGACGGGGAUGAUUUUGAUUUUGAUGGUGGAGGAGACCGACGAGAGGACUGCGAGCUUUUAGAAUCAGAGGGAGAUGAAUCUUGCGAGUCCGACGAUGACGAGGAGGACCUCGAGCCUCCAUCUUCGUCGUCUGAAGAUGGCGGAGAUGGACUAGACGAGUCGUCGCCAUUCUCAUCUGAAGAAGAGCCGGAUGAUCUCGAUGACCGUCGGGGUGGAGGCGCCUUGGACUUGGACUUGGACUUGGAACCAUCGGACCGAUCAUCGCUUGAGUCCUCUGAUGAUGAACCUGGCGACGGGGCUAGUCUCGGCAUGCCUUCUCUAUGA